AUGUCUACGGGCUCGCUGAGCGAUGCCGAAGACCUUCCCGAGGCGGAGAUACUGGGCUGCUCCGGCAGCCUGAAAAUGGACCGAUGCCGCUCGUCGCCCGCCCCCCGCCAGAGCCCCGCCGAAGGCUCGGCCGGAGAGCGGGGUUCUCCCGUCAAAGGCCGGGGCGCGGCGGGCAAGGCGCGGAAGAAAGCGCCGGGCAAGAAGAGCCCUCUGGGAACGGCGGGCCAGGAGGGCAAGCAGGUCCAGCGGAACGCGGCCAACGCCCGCGAGCGGGCUCGCAUGCGAGUGCUGAGCAAAGCCUUCUCCCGCCUCAAGACCACCCUGCCCUGGGUGCCGCCGGACACCAAGCUCUCCAAGCUCGACACGCUCCGCCUGGCCUCCAGCUACAUCGCCCACCUGAGGCAGAUCCUGGCCAGCGACAAGUACGAGAACGGCUACCUUCACCCGGUCAAUCUGACAUGGCCUUUUAUGAUUGCUGGCAAACCAGAGAACGAGCUGAAAGAAGCAGUGAACACAACUCGGUUGUGUGGCCCUACUGCCUCCUGA